AUGGCGAGGCUACUUCGAAACGCUAACACUUUUCUCUUCAACCGCUCUUUCUAUAACCACGGCCUUCCGACGCGCUCUUGUUUCAAACAUGGAGUAAUGGGCUCAUCUCAAAAUUUGAGCUUUUCAACUUGUAAAGGUAAGAAGCGGUCUAAAUCAGAUGGAAGUGACUCAAAUGACGAGAACAUGUCUAAGAAAGAUUUGGCAUUACAACAAGCCAUGGAUCAGAUCACAUCUACAUUUGGAAAGGGAUCUAUCAUGUGGCUUGGUCGUUCUGUCUCACCCAAAAAUGUACCUGUGGUGUCAACGGGUUCUUUUGCUCUUGAUAUAGCGCUAGGAAUUUUUGGUCUUCCAAAGGGACGUGUUGUGGAAAUAUUCGGUCCAGAGGCUUCUGGGAAAACAACUCUUGCUUUGCAUGUGAUUGCAGAGGCACAAAAACUAGGAGGCUAUUGUGCCUUUAUUGAUGCUGAGCAUGCACUUGAUAAGUCACUUGCCGAAUCUAUUGGCGUAAAUACCGAGAACUUGCUUCUCUCACAGCCAGAUUGUGGUGAGCAGGCACUUAGCCUAGUGGAUACCUUAAUUCGGAGUGGUUCGCUUGAUGUAAUUGUCGUCGAUAGCGUAAGUGUGGCUGCUCUUGUUCCUAAAGGCGAGCUUGAUGGUGAGAUGGGUGAUGCUCACAUGGCAAUGCAAGCUAGGCUGAUGAGCCAGGCUCUUCGGAAGCUGUGCCACUCCUUAUCACUUUCACAGUGUAUAUUGAUUUUUAUAAACCAGGUAAGGUCAAAGAUUUCUACGUUUGGGGGAUUCGCUGGCCCUACUGAAGUUACUUGUGGUGGUAAUGCAUUGAAGUUCUAUGCUUCCGUGAGGCUAAAUAUCAAAAGAAUAGGGUUUAUCAAGAAGGGUGAAGAGACUUUAGGAAGCCAAAUUCUUGUCAAAGUUGUGAAGAACAAACACGCCCCUCCGUUUAAAACUGCACAGUUUGAGCUUGAGUUUGGCAAGGGGAUAUGCAAAGAAGCUGAGGUCAUAGAGUUGAGCAUAAAACACAAACUCAUAAAAAAGAGCGGUUCGUUUUACGAAUAUAAUGGCAAGAAUUUCCAUGGCAAGGAAGCUCUAAAAAACCACCUGAUCAACAGCGACGGUCUGCAAGAAUUAACAACAAAGCUUAGGGAAAAGCUUCUCAAUGCCGAGACGGAAACAGUUUCAGAAUCGGAGGUGAUAGUUGGAGACAUCCCGGAAGAAACUUUAUCAUCUGAUUCUACUGAUGAAGAAGCUACUGUUGUGGCAGAAGCUUGA